AUGGAGACCAAACGGGUGGAGAUUCCCGGCAGCGUCCUGGACGAUCUCUGCAGCCGAUUUAUUUUGCAUAUUCCCAGCGAGGAAAGAGACAAUGCUAUCCGAGUGUGUUUUCAGAUUGAACUUGCCCAUUGGUUUUACUUGGAUUUCUACAUGCAGAACACACCAGGAUUACCUCAGUGUGGGAUAAGAGACUUUGCUAAAGCUGAUAUCCUUUUUAUUACUAUAAUGACUGUCUUUCAUUCUUGCUGGGGAUUUCCAAAAGGAAAAGUAAAUAAAGAAGAAGCUCCUCAUGAUUGUGCUGCUAGAGAGGUCUUUGAAGAAACUGGUUUUGAUAUUAAAGAUUAUAUUUGUAAGGAUGAUUACAUUGAACUUCGGAUCAAUGAUCAGCUUGCUCGUUUGUACAUCAUUCCAGGAAUUCCAAAAGAUACAAAAUUUAACCCAAAAACCAGAAGAGAAAUCCGGAAUAUUGAGUGGUUCUCCAUUGAGAAAUUGCCUUGCCAUAGAAAUGAUAUGACCCCAAAAUCCAAACUUGGUUUGGCACCAAACAAAUUUUUUAUGGCCAUUCCUUUUAUCAGACCAUUAAGGGACUGGCUUUCUCGAAGAUUUGGAGAUUCCUCAGAUAGUGACAAUGGAUUUUCCUCAGCUGGUAGCACACCAGCUAAACCCACUGUGGAAAAAUUGAGUCGAACCAAAUUCCGCCACAGUCAGCAGUUAUUUCCUGAAGGUUCUCCUGGCGACCAGUGGGUAAAGCACCGGCAGCCCCUGCAGCAUAAACCAUAUAAUAAUCAUCACGCUGAAAUGUCUGAUCUUUUAAAGGCAAAGAAUCAAAGUAUAAGGGGAAAUGGCAGAAAACAGUAUCAAGAUUCACCUAAUCAAAAGAAAAGAACAAAUGGGAUACACAGCCAGCCAGCCAAGCAACAGAAUCCCCUGGUGAAAUGUGAAAAAAAACUUCAUCCACGAAAACUUCAGGAUACUUUUGAAACAGAUGCUGUGUAUGACUCACCUUACUCCGGUGAAGACCAGUUGCUGGAGCAUGCCGAGGGCCAGUCUGUGGCAUGUAAUGGACACUGCAAGCUCCCCUUUUCAUCCCGAGCUUUUUUGAGCUUCAAGUUUGACCAUAAUGCUAUAAUGAAAAUCUUGGACCUUUGA